GGUUGUUUGAAAGAAGAAGCGAAAAAACGAGAAAGGCUUGUAUUUGUGUUGCUGUCUUAUUGUUUGGAAAAUAUUAAAAAUUCAAUAAUAAUUUCAAUAUUGCAUGCUUAAGUGUGGAAUUUAUAUUAUUAAAUUGUUUGAAACGCAUCAACGGCUAAGCUAUAGCAGAAUUGGCUAUUAAAAUUAAAAUAUUCAUUUAACUGAGUGUAUUGCAACGUUAAGAUGUAUAUUAAAUCUGUUAUUAUUGAUGGUUUCAAGUCCUAUGGACGACGCACAGAGAUCCAUGGUUUCGAUAGCGAAUUUACAGCGAUUACCGGCUUGAACGGUACGGGCAAGUCAAACAUAUUAGAUUCAAUAUGCUUUGUGCUUGGUAUAAUGAAUUUGGGACAGGUGCGUGCUGCAUCAUUGCAAGAUCUUGUGUACAAAAGUGGUCAGGCGGGUGUUACAAAGGCUACCGUUACUUUAAUUUUCGACAAUUCUGAUCCAAAUCAAUGCCCGCUGGGCUACGAAAAGUGUCGUGAAAUCUCAGUUACGCGUCAAAUUGUUGUUGGCGGUAAAAAUAAAUACCUCAUCAAUGGCAAACUUGUGCAAAAUAAAAAAGUAUCAGAUUUCUUUUGCUCCGUGCAAUUGAAUGUUAAUAACCCGAACUUUUUAAUUAUGCAAGGACGCAUAACGAAAGUGUUGAAUAUGAAACCACAAGAAAUAUUGUCCAUGAUUGAGGAGGCAGCUGGCACUAGUAUGUAUGAGACAAAACGCGAAGCCACUACAAAGCUGAUUGAGAAGAAAGAUGCGAAGGUGCGUGAAACAAAUACACUACUACAAGAAGAAGUCGAACCGAAAUUGGAAAAGUUGCGGCAGGAACGUUCAGCUUAUUUGGAAUUUCAAAAAAUUUGUCGUGAUAUUGAAUAUUUGACACGCAUACACAUAUCAUUUCGAUAUUUGAAACAAAAGGAGGCAUUACGCUCUAUUGAAGAGAAUAUUGAAAAGAUAACUAAUCGCAUUGAAACAUGUAAAACAACAAUUAAAGAUAAUAAUGCUGAAAUAGAGCAGAUUGAUGAAAAAUCUAAAGAUGUGCAAGCGCAAAUAGAUAAUGAUAGUGGCGGUGCGCUUAAGGAAGUGGAAGAGGAACUUACGAAACGCGUGGUGGAAGAAGGUAAAAUGGCGGGUAGUUUGAAGUCGGCGCAAACCAGCAUCGAACAAGAGCAAAAGAAAUUACGCGCUUUAGAGAAGAAUAUUACCGAUGACGAGAAGGCGCUUAAACAAAAGGAAACACAAAUGUCCAAAGUGCACUAUCUCUUUCAGAGUCUCAAAGAAGCGGAUGAGCGCGAUGCGCAAGCCUAUGAUGCGGCUCAGAAAAAGUUUGAAGCCGUGACACAAGGUUUAUCGGUGGACGAUGAGGGACAAUCAUGCUCGCUACAGGAUCAGCUAAUAAAUGCCAAACAACAACUCAGUCAGGCAGAGACAACACUUAAAACAUCCAGCAUGGAAUUAACACACUGCAGAAAUGUGCUCAAACAACGUGAGAACGACAAACAGUCUAAAGAUACGCUAUACGCCAAAGAUCAAGAACUAUGUGAGAACCUGGAAAGGGAAAUCGCUGGUCUCAGUUCAAAAAUGCAAGCCAUUGAUUAUGAGGAUGGCAGCUACGAGGCUUUGCAGGAGCGUAAAAAUGUUUUGCAGCAUGAGAUGCGCGACUUUAAUCAUCAGCUGGAUCGGCGCAAUGCCUAUCGCUAUGAACUGAAAUAUCGUGAUCCUGAACCGAAUUUCGAUCGCAGCAAAAUGCGUGGCAUGGUUGGCAAGCUAUUCAAUGUACGCGAUGAAAAGAAUAAUCUUGCCUUAAUGAUGACUGCUGGUGGCAGCUUAUACAGUUAUGUGGCCGAUGAUGACAUAACGAGCAAGAAAAUACUGCAGAAAGGACAAUUGCAACAUCGUGUGACCAUCAUACCAAUCAACAAAAUCACAUCACAUCCGAUUGAUCAGAGCGUAGUUGAUUUCGCACAAAGUUUGGUGGGUAAGGAGAAUGUGCAGUCUGCUUUGUCGUUAAUCGAGUAUGAUCGUUACUUUGAACCAGUAAUGAAAUUUGUUUUUGGCCAUACAUUGGUGUGUCGCGAUUUGAAUAUAGCAAAACAGGUCACUUAUCACCGCAAUAUACACUCGCGUUCGGUAACGCUGGAAGGCGAUGUGGUUGAUCCACAAGGUACGCUCUCUGGUGGCUCACGUCCGAAAGGCAGCAAUGUGUUGGCUGAAUUGGCCGAAAUCAAACGAUUGGAAAGAGAAAUCGCCUCGCGCAAAAAGGAAUUGCAUAAUAUUGAGCAAAAAUUACGCUUCACAACAGAAGCAGCACGCAACUACAAUCGCAUCAAGGAGCAACUGGAUCUGCGUCAGCAUGAGUUAAACGCCUGCAAGCAGCGUUUGGCGCAAAGCACAUUCCAACAGCAUCAGGAGGAAAUGAAGGCAUUGCAGCUGCAAAUCGAAACGCUGGAAGGCGAUCUGGUCAAGGCGCGCGAAACGCAAAAGACAGCACGCAACAAAAUCAAGGAUAUCGAGGCGAAGCUAGCCGAUGCUAAGGGCUUUCGCGAGCGUGAGCUGAAGACGGCCGCAGAGGCGAUGAAACUGGCGAAGAAGAAAUCCGAGGAGUCGCGUAACAAUUGGAAGAAGCGCGAGCAAGAAUUCGAAACGCUACAAUUGGAAAUCGAUGAGCUGCAUAAAAGUAUUAAAAAGACCACCGAACAGCGUGAUGCUAUGGUGGAGAGUAUUGAGACUUUGAAAACGAAUCUCGAAGAAUUGCGCAUUGGCAGCACGGAUAUCGCAACAGUGGUGGCCGAACUGAAGAAACGCAUCAAAGAGCAAAAAGAUAAAAUUAACUCACAGAAUAGAGAGUUGAAAAAUUUGUUGGUUAAAAAGGAGAAGUUAACCAAAAGUAAUCAAGAUAUGACAUUGGAAAUUAAGAAGAAGGAGAACGAGGUGAAUAAGGUGCGUAACGAUAGUAAGGACUCAUUUCGCAAAAUUGAAACGCUCGAGGAGAAGUACCCAUGGAUUUUGGAGGAUCGCGAAUUUUUCGGCACAAAAAACACCAGAUACGACUACGCCAAAGAAGAUCCCAUCGAGGCGGGACAGAAAUUGAGCGUUAUGCGCGAACAAAAGGAUAAAAUGGAGCGACAUAUCAAUCUGCGCGCUAUGAUACUCUUAGAUCGCGAAGAGGAGCAGUAUCAGGAGACAAUGCGACGCAAAAAGAUCGUGGAGCAGGAUAAAGAAAAGAUCAAGCACAUAAUUUGUAAAAUGGAUGAGAAGAAGCGUGAGAAAGUGGAGAAAGCAUGGAAGGUGGUCGAUGAGAAUUUCAGCAGCAUAUUCAGCACGCUGUUACAGGGUGCGCAAGCACGUCUCAAUCCCGUCAAACAGGCGGGACAACUAUUCGGUUUGGAGAUAAAUGUGGGCUUCAACGGCGUAUGGAAGGAGUCGCUCAGCGAACUCUCCGGCGGUCAACGCUCGUUAGUUGCGCUAUCACUUGUCUUGGCUAUGCUGAAAUUUUCACCCGCGCCGCUAUAUAUACUAGACGAGGUUGACGCCGCCUUGGAUAUGUCGCACACACAAAAUAUCGGCAACAUGUUGAAGGCGCACUUCACUGGCUCGCAAUUCAUUAUUGUCUCGCUGAAGGAUGGCAUGUUCAACAAUGCAAAUGUGCUCUUCCGCACCAAAUUCGAAGAGGGCGUAUCGGCCGUUACGCGCACGGUCAAUGCAAAGUUGACGCAACGUGGACGUAAGUAAUUCACUUCGUGCGCCAACGCAGCGGCGUUUUGUCUGUUGUAUGUUAUUUUAUGUAUUAAGUACUUUUUAACAAAUCACACAAACUUAAGAAAUGAAACAAUAAACACUUUUGGUAUUAUUACAAUAA